AUGUCGCUCAUCACUGCCUUUCCGUUCCACGCAUAUGUUGGCGAUCUUAAGACACGCCGCGUGAUGCAGGAGAAGGUGGCUGUCUCCCUUUCUCUGCUCACGCCAGAUGACAUGGUCCGCAUGGCUUUUGUUGAGGUGCGCACGCGGUGCGGGCAGGAGGAGAAGGCCGCUCCAUGGCGGCCUGUGGCUCGAAACGGCGAGGAACACGCCACCUUUUACGACCUGCGAAUGGGAAACUUUGACGUGCGCACGUUUCCGCCCCACUCCUGCCAGACGUGCGCCGCAAGUAUCACGGGGAAGUACGGCAACGAGCGCUGCCAAGGGCACUUUGGGUUUGUUGGCAUGCCGCGUCUGCACCCAGGUGACCCGCUGCAGAGCGGGGUACGCCUGUUUGUCAUGAACCCACACCUAGUGGAGGAGGUUGAGCAGCUGCUGCAGGCGAAGUGUUUCUUCUGCCAUAGGUUUCGUGCCCCGCUCUUUGACGUGGAACGCUACCGCCAGGCGCUGCGACUGAUUGAUCACGGACUUAUUGGGGAGGCGUUGCACCUGCUGGAUGUCGUCAGCAACGCACGGGGAUACGACACGCGACACCGGCGGAUGCACACGGCAAACGAAGAGGUCGUUAACGACGUCACGCUGCUGGACGAGCACACGGAACGUAUUCUGCAGCGCUGCACACCCGCGUCUGCCUCGGAGAAGACGCAAUCGUCCCCCGAAGUCACUGGGGGACGAGGGGCGAUCGAUGUACGCAACGGCAUUGUUCGGCAGGCGCUUCGAGAGCUUAAGGAGUACGUGAAUGUUUGCUCGCACUGCAACGGCAUCUCUCCACGCGUCACGAAGCGAAACGGGCAUUUCUUCUUUUUUUUUGCGAGGAACAGUGCGUCAGUGAAUGUGGCGAACGCCCUCCUCUCACAGGCCCAGUUGCGGGAGUGGGAGGAAAAUAACAAGUUGCAUAAGAGAAGUCAUACGUACUUCCGCAAUCAACACAUCCGCGAGCAUCUGCAGCAGCUCUGCCAGCGUGAGGAACUCCUCCUGAGCCUGCUGUUUCCACACCUCGGGGAACCCUCCGUGGGGACCUCGUACGCUACCCCACUCCCCGCACGGGACAUGUACAAGGUUUUCUUCCUGGACCGCAUCCUCGUCCCGCCGCUGCCGCUGCGCCUCUCCUCCGGGGUGCAGGUGCAGGAUGGCGGCGCCAUCUCUCCAGAUACGCAGACGCGUGCCCUCUCCGACAUCCUUGGCUUUGUGGAGCAAAUUGAGUGCUAUCAGGUGCUGCGGGACAACUCCACGCCGGACCACAACCUCCUCACCACCGCCCAGGAGAUUGCGAACGAGAUCAACCUACGCAACCUGCAGGUGAAGGUGAACGAGGUGUACCAGGACAUUAUGGGCACCUUUGCCAAGAAGGAGGGUUUGUUUCGCAUGAACAUGAUGGGGAAACGUGUGAAUCAGGCCUGUCGCUCUGUCAUCUCCCCGGAUUUACUGGUGGAGCCAAACGAAGUCCUGCUGCCUCGACCAUUUGCUCGAAGCCUCUCCUUCCCUGAACAGGUGACAUGCUACGCCCCUGCCCGUAUGAGUCUCCUUAAGCGGUGUGUCACCAAUGGCCCACGUCGCUACCCCGGUGCUACUCAUCUGGAGAUACGGCACACGAACGGAGAAAUUCGCUUUAUUGAACUUGAUGUGCCAGAGCAAACCCGGCGGCAGCACGCUGCCAAGUAUUUUGCCAUGGCGCAGAGCGGUGUUACGCUGAUUGUCUAUCGCCAUAUCUUGGACGGGGAUCGGGUGGUGUUUAACCGUCAGCCAACGCUGCACAAGGCGAGUAUGAUGGGGUACCGCGUCAAGGUGCUCUCUGGACACAAGACAUUGCGCUUUCACUACGUGAAUGGCAGCUCCUUUAACGCCGACUUUGACGGAGAUGAGAUGAACGUUCACGUCCCGCAGAGCCUUGAGGCCAAGGCGGAAUUGGAUGGCCUGAUGGAUGCCAACCUCAACUACCUCAUCCCCACCUCAGGGAAGCCGAUUCGUGGGCUUAUCCAGGACCACGUCGCGGCAGGUGUCAUGCUAACAUUACGUGACAAGUUUCUCGAGCAUGCGAACUUUGUUCAGCUGGUUUAUUAUGGCCUGGCACCCUACCUGCGACAGCAGAACGACGUUACACUGUCGGAUCUCAUUCCUGUACCAGCGAUUCUGCUGCCUCGACCACUGUGGACGGGGAAACAGUUGAUUUCCGUCGUCAUUCGUUACGUAAGUGGUGUAGGGCGUCGACCGAGGUGGAUGCGCGUCAACGGUGGAGGGGCUUCCCUGCGGGGAACCUCCCUUAUUCAGCCGAGUGUCUAUAAUCACACAAUUCCGGGGUCUGAUGUUGUGCAGACGGUGACGCGUCAAACGAUGGACGAUGACGCAUUGAUCUUUAUGAAUAGCGAGCUGUUGAUGGGACUCAUGUGUAAGAAGCAACUCGGUGCCUCUAACAUGUCAAUUGCUCACGUUGUGCAUGAGUUGUAUGGACCACACAAGGUGGGACAGCUGUUUGGAGCUCUGGGACGCAUUCUCUCACAAAGCCUCCAACGCGAAGGGUUUUCUAUUGGGAUGGAUGAUAUGUGUCUGGUUCAGGAGGAGCGUCGCUACCAGAUGCUGCGGCAACUGGACGAGGCUCCGCUGCACCUCCCCGAUGACGAGGCAGCUGCCAUGACGAAGAUUAUGGAAUAUGCCACGAAGCUGCAGCAGGAGUUUAUCCCGGGUCGUAUGGUGGUGCCAUUUCCCCGCAAUCACCUGCUCAUGAUGACCACCUCUGGCGCCAAGGGAAGUAACGCCAAUGCAACCCAGAUGGCGCUUGGUCUCGGCCAGCAACUCUUCGACGGACGACGCGUAAAGCGUAUGAAUUCGGCCAAAACGUUACCUGCUUUUUUUGCCCAUGAGCGCCGAGCCCGUUCCUUUGGUUAUGCGAUUGGACGCUUUGCCUCAGGCAUUCGACCACCCGAGUACACGAUCCAUGCUAUGGCCGGUCGUGACGGCCUUAUUGAUACCGCAGUCAAGACGUCCCGCUCGGGGCACCUGCAGCGUUGCCUUAUCAAAGGCCUUGAAAGCCUUGUGGUGCACUGGGACCACUCCGUGCGUGACUCAAAUGACAGCAUCGUGCAGUUUACGUACGGAGGGGACGGUCUUGACCCGUGCAAGGCCUCCACCCUCACCUCGUGGGAGACAUCGAAGGAAAACCUCACGGACUUCGGCAAACGGUUUGGUGUGGACACGGGUGAAGCGGCCAGCGAGACACGGCGACCGGAGCCGGGUGACGAGGUGGAGAUGCCUACGAGAGUGCAGCGUGGUAAACGACCACGCACGAGUGUGAAUCUCAACAAGUGGAGUAACACAAACACCAAUAAUCUUAAUAAUAGUAAUAACAACAAUACCGACGAGGAGGAGGACGAAGACGACGAGGAGACAGAAGAACGCACACACAACAGUAAUCGUAAUAACAACAACAAUCAAGAGCAAGCACGACAGUUGCAUCGGGAGCAGCAGUUACGUGAGAAUCCACUCCCGCGCCACAUCCAUGACAGUCUUGAGGACUACUUGCGCACCAAGGCGACAUUUCCACUCUUUCAGCGCGUCUCACAGUUGGCACGGUGGAAGGCGCAGGGGCGUGUAAAUGAGAAACUCGCGGAGAAGCGUGGGGAUAAUAUUGCGUACUACCGUGACGUUCUCUCAGAGCUUGCCACUAGCAGACGCGUACGAGCCUUUUGUGAUCCUGGCGAACCUGUCGGUCUUCUUGCGGCGCAGGCCGCCGGUGAGCCCUCCACGCAAAUGACCCUCAACACAUUCCACAGUGCCGGCUCAACGGUGACGCACGUGACGGAAGGUAUUCCGCGUCUCCGUGAGCUGCUUAUUCACGCUUCUGUUCAAAACGCUGCGGUGGUUGUACCCGUAGAAAGGGCGACGCCAGCUGACGAGGCUGCCAUUGCACGCAUACUGCGUGCCGGUGUGGCGACACGGCUGCGGGACUGUCUUGCGCGGGGCGGCAUGGGCGGCUUGGGUGGCAAAGGGUACCACUACCACGUGGUACGUGGCAAGGAUGCGUCUGUGGUGACACUUGCCUUGCUUUUUUCACGGUCCCACCUGGACGAUAGCCGGGCACGCAUGUGCAUGUCGCCGAGUGAGCACCUGCAGUCUUUCACGGAGGCGUUGCGACAGUUCGCAAAGCGCAUCAUCAGGGCGCUGCGCGGUCGCACACGGGAUGAUAAGGACGGCGGUGAUGCCGCAGCGAUGAGUCUUAAUCAGCAUGACCUGAUGGACGCUGCUGCUGCUGCUGUUGCGGCGGCGGCUGUGGAUGGCGAUGAUAACGAUGGCAGCGAAGGCGGCUGUGGUGUCGACAAGGACGAGGCCCUCAGUGAGGAUGGUAGCGAUGUCACGAACAGCGCAGUCGUUGACGGGGCGUCACCGGCCCUCCGCAGCCAACGCAGUGGCGCCGAUGUGCCAGACGCAUUCGACAACGGCAAUAAUGACGAGGACAACGAGGAGGAGGAGGAGGAGGACGAGGAAGGAGAGAACGACAAUGCUGAUGACGACGGCGCGGACGCAGCGGAAGGGGAGGGAAGAGGCGACACGGCUGGACGUUCAACGCGCGGUCAACACGGCCGCAAGCGCCGAACACAUAAAGCGGAGGACGACGAAGAUGGCGAGGAGGACGAUAACAGUGGCAUGAAAAGGAACGUUGCUUUACAGGGGGAAGUCAGCUACGACACAUUUGCCCCGCUGCAUUCCACAUUCGGCGGCAAGGAGUUUGUGCUUGACGUGGCGCCGUUAAGUCGAGUUGCCGUGGAUCGCGACGGCGUUGCGACUAUUCCCGAUAAUCUUUUUGUGGUGAACAUCGUCGUGCGCAUGCCGCCGCACAUCAUUGUCGUCAUUCCCGACGUCGUAGACGACGCUCUGGAGCAGCAGACGUUGCCCUCGUGGUUGCCGCAGUUUGCUGCAGUGACCUUUACCCGCAAAGCCGAUGACGCAACGAGCGGUGAACUCCUCUUUCAAGGCGCCAAUGCGAAGAUGCGCCACGUCUUAUCAUUCCUCUCCCUCUUCAAUUUGGGCGCGCGAGCAAUCAAGGUGCGACAGGCCCGCUCCACGGACAUUCGAGACAUGGCGAACUGGUUUGGCGUCGAGUCGGCGUACCGCGCUCUCUACGACGAGCUGUCGAAGCUCUUUAAGCGGUACUCCGUCGAUCACCGCCAUCUGACGCUCAUCGCUGACGCCGCCACGCACCGCGGCAUGUGGGAGAACUUUAACUUCACCGGCGUCAUCUCGCAGAGUGCGAGUCCACUCUUCCAGGUGACGUUUGCGUCGUCGAGGCGGUGGUUGCACACCGCCGUGAGUCGGGGACUGAGCGACGAGCUGCAGUCGAUUAGUUCCGCCAUCAUGGUGGGCGAGCGGCCAAAGGUGGGGACGGCGUGUGUGCGGGUGACCCCAGACCCUGCGGUGCUGCGGGAUGUGCUGGAGCAUAGUUUUGAGUAG